AUGGCCCAUAAUAGCUCCGCGCACCAUCUUUACCAUGUGGGGAAUUGGAUGCCAGCAGACCACAACGCCCACAAAGAAUGGCUAGGUGGUAUUAUUCGACAAGUCGAUAACGACGCACCUUUGCAUCCAGUGCUUAAAGAGUUCAAGACCCUAAUCGAAACAAACACCCGUGUGUACAUGCUGUUGACUUCCAUGUUCAAGGAGGUGCCCCGUCAAAAGAGAUACGGCCAUGAUCCAACAGGAAACCCUGAGAUCCGGGAUUACUCCCACUUCCUGCAGGUCCUCAACCACCUCCUCACGACUGCACCCUCAUGGACCGACAAGUCCCAUCGCGUCGGCCUGGUCGGCUUGCCCAUCAACGCCGUUCUUGAUUGGCCAAUGGGCACGCCCAGUGGAUAUGCAGCAUUCCUCGAUCCAGAAAUCAACAAGCAAAUCAAAAAGAUCUUGAAUGUUUGGGGCGAGUACCUUCGAUCACCCGCUUCAGCAGAUGUCCUCAAUGACAGCAAUCGCGGAUGGUUCGGCGAGACCGGCUUGCGAGACCUGACAGCGGUUGCCAAGAUCGGAAGGGUCGCCGCGACAAAUCUGCAAUUCGAGGGUAUGUUCGAAUGUGAUCCCUCUGUACCAAACCAUGGAUUCAAGUCCUGGGAUCAUUUCUUCACUCGCGAGUUCAAGGAGGGAAUCCGUCCUGUCGCAGAGCCGGACAACGGAAAAGUGAUUGCGAACGCCUGUGAAUCAAGACCAUUCAAAACUGCACGUAACAUCCACGCUCGCGACAAAUUCUGGAUCAAGUCACAGCCUUACUCCGUCCUUGACAUGCUCGGGCAUGACGCGCUUGCAUCGCAGUUUGUUGGUGGAACUAUCUAUCAGGCCUUUUUAAGUGCCUUGAGUUAUCAUCGUUGGCACGCACCUGUCAGUGGCACAAUUGUGAAGGCAUAUGUUGUCGACGGAACUUACUAUUCGGAGCCUUUGUUUGAAGGUGUUGGGAAUCCUGAAAUUGAAAGUAAGGAGAUCGAUAUGGCAGGCCAAGUCACUUCGCAAGGAUACAUCACUUCAACCGCUACGCGUGCGCUGAUCUUCAUUGAGGCGGAUGAACCGUCCAUCGGAUUGAUGGCUUUCGUUGGCGUUGGGAUGGCAGAAGUUUCCACAUGUGAAAUAUCCGUAAAAGAGGGCCAGCGAGUCAGCAAGGGUGACCAAAUUGGCAUGUUCCAUUUUGGUGGAUCGACUCAUUGUCUGAUCUUCCGCAAGGGCGUUGAUAUUACUGGGUUCCCAGAGCCUGGUAUGGAAGACAAUGUCCCCGUCAGAAGUCACUUGGCAGUUGUUUCAUAG